AUGCCUCACGUCGACAUCUUGUUCAGCCAGUUGCAGAAGAGAAAAACCGAGCCAGCGCAAGUUAAAGCGGCUAUCGAUAAUUUUGAAAAAUGUAUUGUCGAUGUGAGAAAUAGAAUUGAUGACAUAAUAAAUGAAGCCAAAAGUAUUUGCGCUGAACCCCAAGGCAACAAAAGGAGACGACGUAACAAUAGCAGUCACGAUCACCGAGUUGCCGCAUUGGAAGCAUGCGACAAUAUAGUGAAUUCUGCAAAUGACAGAUUUCAUUUCAAAGAUCAUUUGGUAGCCGCAUCCCUUUUUUAG